ACUCUGUCGCCGCACUUGCUAACGAAGAGGGCCUAACAGAAGAGAUGUUAAUAUCCUUAAAUCUAGCUUUGCUGCUGCUCUUGCACCUUGCCAACGCAAAGAGCGCGAACUGCAGCGUAGACCCAAACGCAGUAGCCGACCGCCGUCUGAGGGAUACUCUCCUCUGCAAUUACGAUGCAAACGUCAUCCCUCUCAACCCGCCAGAGAUGAACAAAAUCCGGGCGCAGAUCAGUCUCUCCCUCAAGCACGUUGCAAUGAAUGAGAAAAAGGGAACAAUGACGAUAACCGCGUGGGCCUCAACUAAUUGGUUCGACGGCCAACUCGCCUGGAACAUGUCCGAAUUUGGAGGACUGGAUAGUGUGAUCAUUUCUAGCAAGUUAAUCUGGACACCGGACCUGACCAUCUAUAACUCUGAUAUGACGCAAGUGCAUCUCAACCAUGAUCCUGUGAGCUGCUUCCUUGUACCAGAGGCUCACAUCUUCUGCGCCUUUAACCUGAACACGCCCAUCUACUGCCAAGCAGAUCUGCGUCUCUGGCCCUACGACGUGCAGACCUGCAUGCUGGAAAUCGGCUCGUGGGCUUACAACGGGGAGCAACUACUCGUUGAAAAGGACGUGAGAAGAGAUGAGCACACAAUCUCGGAUAAAAUCUUUUUUGAAAACAAGCAAUGGACCGUUAUAGAAAUCAAAGUGGAGAACGUGAACGACACUUUCCCGUAUGUCUCCUGGACCUUUAAAAUCCAGCGUCACGCAGGUCUUUUCGAAGCUGCGUUUGUUACACCUGCUUUUGCCCUAGCAAGUUGCACGCUGCUUAGCUUCUGGGUAAUAUCACUAACCCACAGGCUGCUACUCUGUUUCCUGUCGCUGGUAUGCAACGUCGCCUUCCUCAUUAGCAUUGUGGGCCAAAUCCACGAGUACGGCGACGAGAAGCCCAAAAUUGCUGUAGUGUACAGAGAUUCAAUUGUGUUCACGCUGGUCGCUCUGCUCUUCUGUGUUGCAAUGCCGUGGAUGGAGAAUUCCGAGAGUCCCCAAAUUCUUGUCACAAUCGCGGACGCCAUCAGGGAGAGAGGUGGGCGCCGCAGUCGUCUCUUGCUUGGCGUUGACUUUGAGCAAGAUGACCUGGAGCAGAAUGACUCGACGGAAUGUCAGCAGCAGUCCCGACCCAAGUGUGCUGUGUUUGCGCCGCUGUUGGACCGGAUGGUGUUCGCGACUCUGUUUGUGCUCUACACAUUGAUGCUCCUAUCUCUGCUACCCUGAAUA